AUGGUCAUGAAAUAUAUCGAAGGAGGAGACCUCAGAAAAUACCUAAAAACCAAAAAACUAAACUUUAAAGAUAAACUUCUUCGCUUAGUUAACAUUGCCCAAGGACUAAAGGAUAUUCAUCAAAAAGGUUUAGUGCAUCGAGAUUUUCACCCUGGCAACAUCCUAAAUAGUGAAAUUCAUAGUUUUAUUACUGAUUUAGGAGAAGUAGAUGGUCAAAAGAACACCGAAUUCUUUGAACAGCUUAAAGAUAAAAAACAAUUCUUAGAUAAGUUGGUUGCCCUUGAUUACAAAACCCACCCUUCAGCACUUUACACUAGUCGUCGUUUGGAUUUUAAGAGUCUUCCUGAAUCUCAAAACAGCAAAGAAAUUAACGAGAUAUUUUAUAGCAGUGACUCUAAACAAAUUAAUUUAGAAAUCCCGGCCGAUCUUGAUCAACUUAACCUUAAUGAAGAAGACCAACAAACUGAAACGCAAUCCCAAGUUCAAGUUCCUAAUAAAUAA